ACGUCCCCAAGCACCACAGAAGCAACUGGAGGAGGAAAAGAAACAGUUGGCUCUCUGUUAACAAACAAGGUUACACAUUCAUCUUAAAGGUGACCUCCAUGAUGUGAGCUGUCUUUAAAAGCACUUUGACACCUGAGCUGCUGUGAGGAACCACGGUUUCACCUUUUGAUAUGACGGGAAACUGCAGCAGAUCAUGGACGUAGGUAAAUUCCCCUCGUUACUCUGACAGCUGUAGGCAACAUGGAGAAGGAAGUGACUGAGAAAGAGAUGGACGAGGAGAAGGUUUGUGAUGCGGAUUUUGACCCGGAGGCCAGUUUUUAUCCACAGCGGAGCGGAGAGACUGAUGGGCUCACGCAGGAGAUCACUAUGGCCCGCCUCAGAUCUCAGGAAACACAAGUUAUUGACUGUAGAGCUGGUGAGGCAGAGUCAUGUGAAUCCACCGAGGCUAAAGAGGACAUGGAGGAAGUUUCAGAGGGGUUUGAACAUAACUUGGAUAAUGAGAACCCGCAGGUAAUAAAUCAAGAAGAGGAUGAAGCUGCAAAGGAGCAACAGAUGAACGGAGAGUCCGGCUGGAGGGCGCUUGGGGCCGGACGGAGGUGCAGGUUGAGGAGCAGUGGCUCUUUGUUCGAGCAGAGCGGUCAGGGUGCGUUUUCCUCCUUUCAGAAAGGCAGCAUCCCGUCCGGCGGUAGUCGGCACAAGCAGACUCGCAGACGCAACCAUCACCACCAUCAGCAGGGCCGGGGUCGCCGACGGACGGGGAGACAACUUUUCUUGGCCUUUAGAGAGAUGCUGUCGGAGUCUUUGAGUGUCUGGUGCAUCUCAUGCGUUCACAUGCUGAUUGAGAUUAUUGUGACUUUAACCCACAACUGCGGAGUCGCCGUGGAAACCGGAGUUUUGAAACUUCACAACUUUGGGAAGCGGAUUCUCGUUAAGAUCACCGAUCUACACGGCAUGAGAGCAGAUGUUGGUCGGAUUUUGAAAUGGAUGAGAUGCACAGGAAGCCACCUUGUGGAAAAAACUGUGAGGACUCUGAAGUGGUCGAAGGCGGCCGUCUCCUCUUGUUUCAGACUUUUUUGUGCUUUAGUUGUUUUAAGCUUCCAGUGGGCAAAGGGGAUGCUGCUGCGUGUCGGUGGUGAGAGGGCUAAACGCUGUUGGACAGCUUUUCUAGAAUCGCGGCUGUGGAAAAGGCUGGCGUCCACACUGGAGAGAGUCCGAAGCUGGUUCACGAAGUAUCGCAGCGCUCCGUCGUCACCCGAGUCACCUGGCAGAGCGGGAAGAGGGGAGCCAAGUCAGGAGCUGGAGCGACUGCUGGCGUUGGCCGAGGUGCCAGAAGGGGAGCUCGACCCCUUCACGGUGCUUGGAGUGGAGGUCCACGCCACUGAGACGGAGCUGAAGAAGGCCUACAGACAGCUGGCUGUCCAGGUCCAUCCAGACAAGAACAAACAUCCGAGAGCUGGAGAGGCAUUCAAAGUUCUGAGGGCAGCCUGGGAUAUCGUCAGCAAUCCUGAGACACGACGGGAGUAUGAGCUAAAGCGCAUGGCAGCAACCGAGCUUUCCAAGUCCAUGAACGAGUUUCUCACCAAGCUGCAGGAUGACCUGAAGGAAGCCAUGAACACCAUGAUGUGCACUAAGUGUGAAGGCAAGCACAAGCGCUUCGAGAUGGAUCGGGAUCCUGCUGAAGCCCGCUUCUGUGCUGAAUGCAACCGCUGCCACAGCGCUGAGGAGGGCGACCUGUGGGCCGAGUCCAGCAUGUUGGGCUUACGCAUCACAUACUUCGCUUGCAUGGAAGGAAAAGUGUUCGAUAUAACAGAGUGGGCAGGUUGCCAAAGAAUAAGCAUUUCCCCCGACACUCAUCGUGUGCCGUACCACAUCUCCUUCGGUUCAAAGAACGGCAAUGCAGCACGCCACAGGAGCCCCUCAGAGCACGCUACAGGACCUUCAAACCCCGCCGAUUUACAGGACUUCUUCUGCAGAAUGUUUAAGGGGGGACCGCCGAAUGACAUGGCUGCCAACGGCGGAGGCUUUUUUCCCUCAGGUCCGCCCUAUCAUCACCCGCCCGGUGCAGGAGGGACUCCUUUCUCCUCUCCCUCAGGGCAGACAGGUUUCUACAUGCCAGGUGCCCACAGGCCAGAAUCCAGCGAGACCUGGCCUGAUGGUGGCAAACCUCCCAGGAGGAGAAAGAAGGUCCGAAAACCCUUCCAGAGGUGAAGUCUGUUUACGUGUUUGCGUGUCAAAGCAUGGACAAGAGG